UCUCUCUCUCUCUCUCUCUCUCUGUUUCUGUUCUGUUAUCACAAUCACAAAUAAUAAAAGUACCACAGUUUCAUUUUCUGUCCAAACUUGCAAGCUAUCUACUUUCUCUGUUCUUCUUCUUCUUCUUCUUCCUCAACAUGCUUUGACCCAAUUCCUUCAAUUUCUCAGAUCUCCUCACUUCCAGAUGGUUUGUCUCCUUGGAGCUGUAAAUCAUACAUGCAACUUUGCUGGAUGAGUUUUGAUUCUUGCUUGUGAUUCAAUUUGGAUGAUGAGUAGAAAGUGAAUAGUUUUCUUAAAAUGGAUCAGAGGGAAGGAGUGAAUGAUGGUUUUCCUAGACAUAGACCAAAUGAUUCGCUUCUCCCUGGUCUGAUCGAUGAUGUUGCGCUCAAUUGUCUCGCUUGGGUUGGAAGAUCCAAUCACGCGUCGCUGUCUUGUAUUAAUAAAAGGUAUAGUAGGUUGAUCAGUAGUGGUUAUUUAUAUGGAUUGCGGAAAGAAUUGGGAGUUGUGGAACAUUUGGUUUAUUUGGUUUGUGAUCCAAGAGGAUGGGUGGCGUUUGACCCUACCAUAGGUAGAUGGAUGGCGUUGCCUAAGAUACCAUGUGAUGAGUGUUUUAACCACGCGGACAAAGAGUCCUUGGCUGUGGGUUGUGAACUCUUGGUUUUUGGUAGGGAAUUGAUGGAGUUCGCCAUUUGGAAGUAUAGCUUGAUUUGCCGUCGUUGGUUGAAGUGUCCAGAGAUGAACCAACCUCGCUGUUUGUUUGGAUCUAGUAGUCUUGGUUCAAUUGCUAUUGUAGCCGGUGGAAGUGAUAAAUAUGGAAAUGUUCUGAAGUCUGCUGAGUUGUAUGACUCUGCAUCAUGUACAUGGGAACUUUUACCAAACAUGCACACACCGCGUAGAUUGUGCUCUAGUUUUUUUAUGGAUGGCAAAUUCUAUGUUAUCGGUGGAAUGUCAAGCACAACUGUUUCAUUAACUUGUGGAGAGGAAUAUGAUCUUUCAACAAGAAGUUGGAGGAAAAUAGAGGGUAUGUAUCCAUAUGUUAAUGUGGGUGCUCAAGCACCUCCACUUGUGGCAGUUGUGGAUAAUCAGUUGUAUGCAGUUGAGCACUUAACUAACAUGGUGAAGAUGUAUGACAAGCAAAAGAACACUUGGAAUGAAUUGGGGAGGCUCCCAGUUCGGGCUGAUUCUUCAAAUGGCUGGGGCCUUGCUUUCAAGGCUUGUGGAGAUAAACUUUUGGUCGUAGGUGGACAAAGGGGUCCAGAAGGUGAAGCUAUCGUGCUGAAUUCAUGGUGUCCUAAAUCCGGUGUCAGGGAUGGCACCAUCGAUUGGCAGGUACUCGGUUUGAAGGAGCAUGUCGGGGUGUUUGUGUAUAAUUGUGCUGUUAUGGGCUGUUGAGGGAAUUUGAGAUAAUUUUCAAUUAACUCAACAGAAGAUGCUAAUAUGCACAAUCUGACUUUGCCUUGAAGGGUGCUUCCAUGUUCCGCCGUCGCGCUUCAUUUACCGCGUUAAUUGUUAUUUGGCAUGGCUUUCCCCAGCUGAGAAUUUAGUGUCAUCUUUUUAACAUGGUUUAUUUGAAUGUAUUUCUCACUUUCAUGGUCCAUAAUUUUAAAUUUCUUUUGAGAUUACUGAGUAGUCUUACACAGAAAUGUUGUGUUUUAUUUUUCUUAGCCAACUAUGUAAACCAAUAAAUCAAGGAAUUUUCAUUGUUUAAUGCUUGCUGUUGUCCGCUUUCUCCCUGUAA